CCAAGCAGACAAACACGGACCAACUCACCAAACUCCUGCGUUAUAACAGCUAAAUGAUGGAGGUUUCAGAUGGAAACAUCAAGAAAAUGGGCCCGGGUGAGGCCCUCUGGAUGCCUCCUCUCUGCUGAGGCCCCGUGGCCGUGGUGACCCCGUUCCUGCCUCCUCCCGGGGGUUUUCCCCAGACUCCAGCCUCCCCAGGACCUUUUCGGUGUGAUGGAUGAGGAGGUGAUUCUGCAGGAGGAAGCCGCUCAGGGUUCCUGGACUCUGCUGUCCCUCCUGGCGUCCCUCCUCAUGGUGUUUGGAGGAGCUCUGCCGUACGUCCCGCAGUACCAGGAGAUCCAGAGGAGCAGCAGCACAGAAGGCUUCUCCACCCGAGUCUGCCUGGUGCUGCUCAUAGCCAACAUCCUGCGCGUCUUCUUCUGGAUUGGGAAGCAGUUCGAGCUGACUUUGCUGCUCCAGAGUGUGGUGAUGAUCCUCACCAUGUUCGCCAUGCUCCACCUCUGCUGCACCGUCCAGAACUCCAACCGCGUGAGCACCAAGCAGCACCGGAUCACAGACCUGAACCUUCAGUACUUCUGGAAGUGGAGUGCGUUUGAAGACUACCUGCUCUUCUGCUUCGGCUUGGCCGUGCUGUGUUCCGUGGUCUCCCUGCUGCUGAUGGACUCCGGCGUUUUUGUGGAGACUCUGGGUUCGCUCGCCGUGACGUUCGAGGCCAUGCUGGGCCUGCCGCAGCUGCUGCAAAACUUCAACAACCGCUCCACCAAAGGAAUGAGUGUGAAGAUGGUUCUGCUGUGGACGGCUGGCGACGUCUUCAAGACCACCUACUUCAUAACCAACCAAAGCCCGGUCCAGUUCUGGCUGUGCGGUUCCGUCCAGAUCCUGAUUGACGUGGCCAUCCUGCUCCAGGUGCUGUUAUACAGUCAAGACACUCGAGUCAAGCUCGGCUGAGUCCGAACAAGUCACGACUUUCAGGGAUUUUCUCUCGAUUUCUGUGAACGAAGCAAAACCAAAAGCAGCAAAGCCAAAUGGAUCGUGUUUUUAAAGGAGCGCCGUCACCGUCAAACAUCAUCCAAGAGAGCUUACAGCCCUCAGAACAAAAAAAAACUCUCCAGUUUAUAUUUUGUUUGACAAUUCUGUGAUCAGGAAAGUGUGGAAGAACUUGUCAACAGCAGGUCCAUCCUUCUGCGCCCCGACACCAGAACCUCCUCUGGAACCUGCGCCCUGUUCUUGUGCUGCAAAGCGUCCGUUUGUGUGCAUGUUUGUGCGCAUGUUUGUGCGCAUGUUUGUGUGCAUGUUUGUGUGCAUGUUUGUGUGCAUGUUUGUGUGCAUGUUUGUGCGCAUGUUUGUGUGCAUGUUUGUGUGCAUGUUUGUGUGCAUGUUUGUGCGCAUGUUUGUGUGCAUGUUUGUGUGCAUGUUUGUGCGCAUGUUUGUGCGCAUGUUUGUGUGCUUUUGCUGCAGCGCCGUCGUGUGCAGCGGAGAUGGAUUUCUGCCAUCGGCGUUCAGCAGUGAGUCAAGGCCGUCGACGCUCAGAGAACAGAAACUCUGCCGGCGAUCAAUCUGAAAAAUAAUGUGUAAAACGAGGAAAACUGUCAACAUCCUGAACUCAGUCAGAAAAAAGGUAUUUCUAGUCUCAUUUUCUUUAUUAUUUCUUAUUUUUCUCACCCAAAAUAUGUUCAGAAAGGGGAAAAACUUAAAAAAAUGUGUGUUAUUUGUCUUUAUUUGUAAGUUAUUUCAACUAAAAGGCUUUAUUUUUAUCUGUAGUAAAAUGUUCCGUUGAGUUUGUUGUUGGUCAAGUUCUUCAUUUUUUUGUAAAUGUGGAAUAUUUGUGGUUAUUAUUAAUAGAUUUGAAUUUUUCAAAUAUGUUGUUUUUAAACUCUAAAAAAGUAAUUCAACAUUUAAAUGUAUUUAUGCCUUUAACUUUACAGUAACAGAAUUUCACAUGUUGAGCAGCAGUGAAAUGAUGUAAUUGUAUUUAAACAUCCAAACUAUUUCCUUUUUGUAUUGUAUUUAAAGGCGUGAGUGGUGUAAUUAGGUAUAAUUAUGACUUAAAAUACCAAAAAUCAUGUUGUCAGAUUAACAUGGAUUUUGCUUUAAUCUUUUAACACUGGAGCUUCAUAUAUUCUCCCGGAUGUUCUCUUGUUUUUGUAAUUUUACAGCAUUUUUCAGCAAAUAAAAGCAACUUAACUGAAGAAAGAAAGUAAUUUUGUCAGGAAUUUGUGAAAAGUUUCAGUGAACAAAUAAAGUGUGGUAAAAGUGA